GUUCCCUAUUUCACCUCUUUGGUGAGAGCUCAGUCCCCCCAACGCUGCGCUCUGACAACAAAGCCUGGGCUGUGUUUCCAGAGGCUUCUCUUCUUUCCUGAGUCUCUGAUUUACCAGCUGUUCAUUCCAAAGAGCUGCACUGCUGAUCCCUCAGCUUCAUCCAAUUCCUGAAGUUUUCUGCUCAACAUAUUCCUUAGCCAGAGGCCAAGUUCAGUGGCUGUUCACAGUCCUGAGAAGAACCUGCACACGGACAACAAACCCCACAAGCCUUUCCUAUCUCUACUCUAGGCCUAGCCCACCUGUGUCCUGCACUGUACCAGGCAGGCAGUGACUUGAAGAUUCUGGGUUUGGUCCCCGAGAACUGCCUUGCUAUGCGGUAUCUGAAGAAGUUCCAGAUCCCCUGGGGCAUCUUCAAAUUAUUCCACAGCUUUCGCCUAGGUCAUCGGCAGUUGAGUUGCCAGUCUUCGUCAGCAGUUGGAGCGCCAAAAUGGAAUGACCAUGAUACACCUGAGGAAUUUAACUUUGCAAGCCAUGUGCUGGACUACUGGGCUCAAAUGGAGGAGGAGGGCAAGAGAGGUCCCGGUCCAGCCCUAUGGUGGGUGAACAACCAAGGAGAUGAAGUGAAAUGGAGCUUCAGAAAGAUAAGGGACUUAACCUGCCGCACUGCCAACGUCUUCACGCAGACCUGUGGCCUGCAGCAGGGAGAUCACCUGGCCUUGAUUCUGCCUCGAGUACCUGAGUGGUGGCUGGUGACUGUGGGCUGCCUCCGAGCAGGGAUUGUCUACAUUCCUGGGACCAGCCAAUUAAAGGCUAAGGACAUCCUCUACCGACUACAGCUGUCUCAAGCCAAGGCCAUUGUGACCACAGAGAACCUUGCCCCAGACGUGGACUCCAUGACUUCAGAGUGCCCUGCUCUGAAAACCAAGCUCCUGGUGUCUGAUCACAGCCGUGAAGGGUGGUUGAACUUACGAUCACUUAUUAAAUCAGCAUCCCCAGACCACACAUGUAUUAAGUCAAAGAUGAAGGAUCCCAUGGUCAUCUUCUUCACCAGUGGGACCACAGGUCUCCCCAAGAUGGCAAAACACAACCAAGGACUUGCCUUCCGGUCCUGCAUCCCUUCAGGCAGGAAAGUGCUCCAGCUGAAGACAUCUGACAUCUUAUGGUGUAUGUCAGACCCAGGCUGGAUUCUGGCUACUGUGGGGUGCCUGAUUGAACCAUGGACAUCAGGGGCUACGGUAUUCAUCCACCAUCUGCCCCAGUUUGACCCCAAGGUCAUUAUAGAGGUGCUAUUCAAAUACCCCAUCACUCAAUGCCUUGCUGCCCCAACUGUAUUUCGAAUGAUUCUGCAGGCGAAAUUUACCAAUCUCCGGUUCCCUACCCUGGAACAUUGCACUACUGGUGGGGAAAGCCUGCUGCCUGGGGAGCAAGAUCAAUGGAGAAAACAGACGGGCCUUCUGAUUCAUGAGAUCUACGGACAGUCAGAAACGGGAAUGACCUGUGCUGUCCUUCGGGAAAUGAAGGUUAAGAUGGGUUCCAUGGGGAAGGCUAUCUCACCCUUUGACGUUCAGAUCAUCGAUGAGAAGGGCAACAUCCUCCCACCCAACACUGAAGGAUACAUUGGCAUCAGAAUCAAGCCCAUCAGGCCCCUUGGACUCUUCAUGUGCUACGAGAACAACCCAGAGAAGACAGCUGAAGUGGAAUGUGGGGACUUUUACAACAGUGGGGACAGAGCAAAGGUUGAUGACGACGGCUACUUAUGGUUUUUAGGGAGGGGUGAUGACAUCAUCAAUGCCUCUGGGUACCGCAUAGGACCAGGGGAGGUGGAGAACGCCUUAGUGGAGCACCCCGCGGUGGCUGAGUCAGCUGUGGUGAGCAGCCCGGACCCUGAGCGGGGAGAGGUCGUGAAGGCAUUUAUUGUCCUGACCCCUGAGUUCCUGUCCCAUGAUAAGGUCCAACUUAUCAAAGAGCUUCAGCAGCAUGUGAAAUCAGUAACAGCACCAUACAAGUACCCCCGGAAGAUCGAGUUUGUUCCAGAAUUGCCUAAAACUAUCACCGGCAAAAUCCAAAGGAAGGAACUUCGGAGAAAGGAGUUUGGUCAGAUGUAGCCAGCAAUCAACCCAGAACCUAAACUGUAACCUCAGACAAACCCCAGGUGGCUCAGUUUGCCUAAUGUGGUAGGGUGAGAAUGGUGUGGGAAGGAAGAGUAGGAUUAGAAGGGACAACCAAGACCCCAACAUUUAUGUUCUUCCAAACUUAGUUACUGCACAUCCUAGAAGUUCUCAGUUCUUUAGAUGGCCUUGGUGAGCUCUUAGGCUGGGGUUGUGGGUAAUAAAAUAUUAACAAAAUGGCCAGGUGUGGUGUCACAUGCCUUUAAUCCCAGCACUCAGGAGGCAGAGGCAGGUGGAUCUUUAUGAGUUCAAGAUAGCCUGGCCUACAUAGUGAGUUCCAGGCCAGCUGGGCCUGCAUAGUGAAACCUUAUCAAAUAAAUACUGACAUAAACAGUACCCCAUGUGGUCCAUUCACCCAACCUGAAGCUCACUAUUUUGGCUAAAUUGCCUGGAAUCCCCCAGCACUGGGAUUACAUGCACACCAUGUUACUGGGGAUCCAAACUCAGGUCUACUUGUUUGCCCAGCAAGUACUUUACCCAGAGUGAUGUGCUGUGUUGACACAUCUACAUCUGUCUGAGGCAUUGCACCUUCUCGGUUCUCAAGGGAUGAUCUGAAGACUACAACUUCCGAAGUGGAAUCCCCAAGCCAGAGAGAGGUGCAUUUGAAUGCCGAGUUUGCUCACUUCUGUUCUCUUCAAACACACUGUAGAGAUUUCUUCAUUUGACUUUUUAUUUAGAAGGGGGUACCAUACAAUUUCCAAACUUAUAAGAAAUUCUAGGCAUAAUUUCUUCAUUGGCUUCUGAUUCAAUUGACAUUAUGACCACAGAACAGUCUGUUGUUUAUUUUCUGAAAUAUUCUCAAUAGCGGAAGACUGAAAAUGUCCUUUCCUAAGAUGAAGACUGAUGAGGAAGGUCAUUAUUUCUGAUCCAGAGUAAUGAGGCAAGAAAAAGAAACAGUAUCUAAGUUGGAAAGGGUAGACUAAAACUACUUAGCAGCAGACACGAUCAUAUACAUAUAAUAUAUAUAUGUAUCUAUAUUCUUAGCAUACACACUAUUAGAGCUAAUUAAGAAAUUCAACAAAGUAACAGUAUAUAAUUCAAUGUCUAAAAUUAAUUUAUUUCUGUAUACUAUCAAUGAAGAAUAAAAAAUGAAAUGUAAAAACCAUUCCAUCAUAAUGUAAUUAAUUUAUUAAAAUGCAUUCUCCAGAUAGCUUACUCACUUAA